AUGAGCAACGUGCUGGUAGUCGGCGGGACAAGAGGCCUCGGCGCAGCCCUCGUCCAUCGUUACGCCAAGCAGAAGAACACCACUGUCUACGUAACGUCCCGAAAAGAGGCUCCAAAGGACUUCCCUUCAAACGUCAAGUGGAUCACCGGCGUUGAUCUCACACAGCCUACAUGCGCGAAAACGAUUGUGUCACAGCUCUCGGGCGUGGAACUGUCUCUGGUGUACAUAACGGCUGGCAUCUUCAAGCUUGAGUCAUUCGAGAAGCCAGACUGGGAUACAGAAGUCGCAACAUAUCUGACAUCCGCUAUCGCGCCCACAUUCAUCAUAUCGGCCCUCUGCAACAACGGGAACCUGAUCAAAAAGGCCGACCCUCCAACGAAGAUCAUACUCCUCUCCAGCGAAGCUGGCUCGUUAGCCCUGCAGCAAGCCGGCGGUGGAGGCAACUAUGCACACCAUGCCUCGAAGUCCGCCCUCAACAUGGUCGGCACUCAGCUUCGCUACGACCUUGAGCCUCAUGGAAUCGCGAUCGGCAUGGUGCAUCCGAGCUUCAUGCGAACGGAGAUGACGAAGGGCGUAGGCUUCGAUGUGGCAUGGGAUGAGAAUGAUGCUUUGACCCCAGAGCAGGCAGCGGACCUGGUGAGUUCGUGGACGGAUGAUGAAUUCGGGAUGGACAAGACCGGUCAGUUCUGGGCGCCGCGUGGGACUCGGGACAUAGGCAGCUGGAAGGAUGUCACGGGUAAGGACCACAUCAAGGGCGCCGUACAGCUGCCGUGGUGA